AACACCAACUUUACCCGCGAGAUCAAAUUCAUAUCUCCCAUCCCUACCUCUCCGUUCCGUUCUGAUCCCAACCACUGCCGCAAAUCGAGUUAACUUGCCGUUCUAGGAACGCCGGCGAGCGGUGGACGAUGCGCGUCAUUAUGGCUGAGAGUGACCAAGAUCGCUCGCUCCAACUUUGAUGGUAACAGGAUUUGACAGAAACAGACGGGAGCGAUAGAGGUUCAUUGGUGCUUAGUAAUUGGCGGAAUUUUCUUCCGCACGGUCGUAGUGGACGGGACGCACGGGACUCCAAAGUCACGUGCCUUCCCCGUGCUUCUGCUGCACACUUCCCUAGGGUUUAUGCCAGAUUCGGGCAAGAAAUACCGUAUUUUCGAUUCUCUGGCCAAUCAACUGGAUGAGGCUUUACGGCGUCGUUUAUUGACUGUUCUGUCGUUCUGUACUUCUGUUUCCUUCGUGCUCCUCAUGGUUUUUAUGUUUUCCUCCUUUCUUCCAAUUGAAUAAGGUAAUAGAUAUUAGAGACGGAAGCUUUUAAGUGAAGGUAUUGACUUAUUUCAACAUAUCAAUGACCUAUACACCUCCAACAUGGGCGACAUUUGCUGCUGCUGCAUUUGUUAUUCUGACUCUUGUCCUUUCACUAUAUCUAUUGUUCGAGCACCUUUCUGCAUAUAAGAAUCCGGAGGAGCAAAAGUUUUUGAUUGGUGUUAUCCUAAUGGUACCAACUUAUGGUGUAGAAUCAUUUGUAUCAUUGGUGUACCCAUCAAUAAGUGUUUAUCUUGAGAUCCUACGCGAUUGCUAUGAAUCCUUUGCAAUGUACUGCUUUGGACGAUAUCUGGUUGCUUGCUUAGGUGGGGAAGAAGGGACUAUUGUAUUUCUAGAGAGAGAAGGACGUUUAAAUACCAAGACACCAUUAUUAGAACAUAGCUCAGAGAAGGGAACAAUCAAGCAUGUUUUCCCUAUGAACCUUUUCUUAAAGCCAUGGAAAAUUGGUGGAUGGGUUUACCAUGUUAUCAAAAUUGGGAUCGUCCAAUAUAUGAUGAUAAAGUCCCUCACUUCUAUUUUAGCUGUAGUUCUUGAGAACUUUGGCGUUUAUUGUGAAGGAGAUUUUAAUUUCAAAUGCGGGUAUCCUUAUAUGGCAGUGGUUUUAAAUUUCAGUCAAUCAUGGGCAUUGUACUGUCUGAUUCAGUUCUAUGCAGUUACGAAGAAAGAAUUGAUACAUAUAAAGCCAUUCGCCAAGUUUUUUAUGUUUAAAUCUAUAGUAUUUUUGACUUGGUGGCAAGGUGUUGGAAUUGCUCUCCUAUCUUCCCUCGAUUUGUUCAGUUCUGUAGCCCAAGGGUUACAGUUUAAGUCAAGUGUCCAAGAUUUCAUCAUUUGUAUCGAGAUGGCCAUUGCUUCUAUGAUUCACUUGUAUGUAUUUUCUGCAAAACCCUAUGAACUUAUGGGGGACCGUUAUCCUGGAAGUGUUUCUGUUCUUGGCGAUUAUGCAUCUGUCGACUGUCCUUUAGAUCCAGAUGAGGUCAGGGAUAGUGAGCGUCCUACAAAGUUACGCCUACCCCAGCCUGACCUCGAAGACCAAGACCCCAAGAUGGGAAUGACAAUCAAAGAGAGUGUCCGAGAUGUUUUUGUUGGUGGUGGGGGCUAUAUUGUGAACGACCUGAAAUUCACAGUGAACCAAGCAGUUGAACCUGUGGAAAAAGGAAUAACGAAGUUCAACGAAAAACUGCAUAAGCUCUCCCAAAACAUUAAGAAACGAGACAAGGAUAAAAAAAAAACCAAGGAUGACAGUUGUAUUAAGUCGCCCACACAAAAAGUCAUUCGAGGAAUCGAUGACCCUCUUUUGAAUGGGAGCUUCAGUGAUAGCAUGGUCGUUCGGGAAAAGAAGAACCGUCGAAAAUCAGGUUAUAUAAGUGCAGAAAGUGGCGGAGAAAGCAGCAGCGAUCAGGGUUAUGGUAAGUACCAAGUUGCUGGCCGCCGAUGGAUCACCAGAGACUAGUAAAGAAUAGGUACUUCUCUUUAUAAUCAAAGCAAGAAAAAGAGGAAUGGCUGUGGUUCACUUAUCAAGUGGAGUCCCAAUAGAUGAGAGAUGUGCCUGAAUUUUAGAGCAUUCUGCUUUGUGUGAACCCUCUCCAAAUGCAGUGAGGCAUAGCAAUGAUGGGAAGAUUCCAUAGAAAACUCCUGGUAUGAUGUGCAACCAGAUGCCAAGGUAAUUUCUUGGUGCACAGAGGAUUUUACUUUAUCUAUUAUGGGUUAGUGUAUCAUGAUUACAAACUAUGUUGGGCUUUUACCAUUCUUGUAAAUAGCUGGGGCUAUGAUAAUCAGAACUGGGAUAUUCUGCACAAUUUAUUUCUGGGGUGGACAUAUAUAUAUAUAUAUAUAUAUAGUACAGAGAUCUGUUAAAAACUUA